AUGGCUCACAUGAAAUGCCGCGGCGAUUUCCCGGUUGUGAAAUGCACAUAUUGCCGAGCAGAAUUCCAACAGGAGAGCAAAAGUAAAACAAGCUCAGUCUGUAAACGUUGUGAGCAGUGUGUUGCUCAGUAUGGUAAACCGACCUCUUGUCAGUUUUGUCAGCUCCCUGCAGCAUUUGUCGGAGGCAAGUGUCAGCGCUGCUCCUCCUACAACAAGAGAUACGGGCCGCCAAAAACCUGUGAGCAGUGCAAGCAGAAAUCUGCUUUCGACAAGGGUGACGGUGGAAAGCUGAUGUGCUGGGUGUGCUCUUGUUCUUAUAAACGAGCUUUGGCUAAAACAAAACAAUCUGAUCCAGCUAGACAUUCAAGGGUGUUCAAGAAAGAAAAGAAAACUGAGGAGUCGGAUAGACACAAGAAAAGAGAAAAAUACAUGAACAGCAAGAAACCGAACAGACCAGACGUUACAAAACAAGAAACAGACUUACACAGUGCUAGUAAAAGUGUAGCAAAACGUGAGCGCGGCGAGGAGAAUACCGAUCAUGUCGGGGAGAUCACCCAGCUCAAGGAGAAGAUCGUUUUUCUGGAGAAAACGAUCAAACAGAAGGAGAAUCAGAUGAUCAUCAAGGAUCAGGAGAUUACACAGAUGAAGGCAAAGUUGUUCAACGAGGAGAAGUUGAUCAGAGAGAAGAUGAAGAUGAUGGCCAAGGUCAACGACGACAAGACCAUGGAGCUCAACAGUAAGAUUCGAAGUCUUCAAAAUGAAAUCUCAAAACUGAGAAAAGACGCGAAACCGGUGAAGCUGAAAAAAUUGGACAAUCUCUUUAAAGACUCGAAUCGGCGCAAGGUCUCGAGUCGAACCGCCAGUCCUGUAACUCGAAGUCGCAGCAGAUCACCGGUCAAUCGCGCUAAGAGCAAAUCUCCUUCUCCAAACCCCAUGGCCCGAUCCCCCCGCAGUAGCCCUAGUCGAUCCCCCUCCCCCGCCGCCAAGGUCCCCAAGCUUGACAGUCCGGUGCCAGAGGAGGAGCCUGAAAAUGCGGGAAAUGUUGAAGGAAAUCUACGAAACUCCCGCUCACCCUCCCCUGACCAGAACGGGGAGAAGAGUCGUUCAACAUCGAAAUCCCCUGCAAGGGAUUCAAGAUCAAGAUCUAGGUCGAAAAGUUCCUCUCCAUGAUUCCACGAAAUGUCUUCACUCAAUUCUUUUACUCAUUAUAAAGCUAUAAACCUUAUUAAAUGAAAAUGUGACUACGCCAAUAAAGGGACUGUACACUUUA